AUGUCGCCGGUCCGGGCCGUCGAGGACGCUAGCGAAUGGUACGACUACAUCAUCUGUGGAGGUGGCACCUCGGGCUGUGUGCUGGCCGGUCGCCUGGCCGAAGCCUGCCCCACGUCCUCUUCGCCCAAUGCAUCCAUCCUGAUCGUUGAAGCGGGCCCGGACUCGAGAGCCAACCCGCUCGUGACCAUGGUUGGCGGGCUUUUCCAAGCCAUGGGCGGCGAGAUGGACUGGUCGUUCGAGACGGUGCCGCAGGAGCAUCUCAACAACCGCGUGCUGCAGCUCAGCCGUGGCAAGUUCCUCGGCGGCAGUAGCGGCUUCAACGGCACGCUGUGCAUUCGCGGCUGUCAGGCCGACUACGACGACUGGGGCCUAGAGGGCUGGACGGGGGAGGACAUGUUCCGGUGCAUGAAGAAGGCUGAAACGUUCCAUGGUAUCGACUGGUUCCGGGCGGCCGAGGGCGAGCACGGGACCAACGGGCCAUUGCACGUUGAACCGCAUAAGCUGGCACCCAUUUCGGACCGAGUUCUAGAAUCCAUGCAGGAUAAGGGCCUGCCGUUCGUAGAUGACAUGUUCACCACGGGGCAGCCGGCACACGGCUGUGGCCAUGUCCCGCGCACGGUCCACGAGGGCGUGAGAUCGUAUAGUCCGGCGUUCUUGCAAGGACAUGAGAGUGAGAUCGAUAUCGUGACAAACGCUACUGUUGACAAGAUUGUGCUAGAGCAGCGCGACGGGACAGCAGUGGCAACGGGUGUUGCGGUCAUCGACGGUUCUGGCAAGACAAAGGUAGUAAAAGCCCGCAAGCAAAUCAUCGUCUCUGCAGGAGCGUACUGCUCACCCACCAUUCUCCUCCGGUCAGGUACUGGCCCGAAAGAAGAGCUCGCACGGUUCAACAUUGAGUGCAUUGUCGAUUCUCCUGGCGUCGUCUUCGUGCCUUACGAGGUCACGCAGCCCAACCUGACGAACGAUGUCCACGUGCAUCACAAGGACGGCUUCGCAAACUCGCUAUCGACAUAUCAGGCCUCCCGAUCUGGCUUCUUUGCCACGUUUCCGUUCGGUGUGUUCGCCCUCGCGCGCCUGGACGACGCCCUCGCAUCCUCACCUUUGUGGCGCGACCGUUCUGCCGCGACGGCCGGAUCCGAUCGCGACGCCGCAAACCUCACACGACAGCAAGCUCACGUCGAGUACAUGCACACUGAGCUCUACUCGGGCCACAUCCACGGGCGUGAUGUUCCUCUGGACGGCAAGCACGGCUUCGAGAUGAUGACCCUGCUGUUCAGCCAGCAGAGCCGAGGCGCCGUGACACUCCGGUCGGCAGACCCGCACGAUAAACCCGCCAUCGACCCACGUUAUCUUUCGGACCCUCUCGACCUUCUCAUGCUGACUGAAGGCGUACGUUACGCGCACUCGAUUGUGACGUCCGGCUCGGGCACCAAAGACAUCAUCACCCCCGGCGUGUGGAUGGCUGGACCGGAGUACGCGGCGUUAGGGCCCGACACGACCGGCAAGGACUGGGAGGGGUACGUGCGGCAGUACAGCGCCACGGCGCAUCACCCGGCAGGGACGUGUCGGAUGGGGAAGGACGAUGACCCAAUGGCGGUGGUGGAUAACAAGCUGCGAGUCAAGGGCGUCAAGGGCCUGAUGGUUGCAGACUGCAGCAUCAUACCUAGUCUGAACGGCGGACACACUCAGAUGCCGGCGUACGCGAUCGGCGAGAAGGCGGCGGAGAUGCUGGUUCAAGCAUGA